GAUGCGCCUAUGAUGAGAAAGUGCACUCAUUAGUUUGCGAGAAGUGUUGUUUUGAAGUAUUUGUGGUACUGUAGGUUACUACUUCGUUGCUAGGAUAUUUGCGUAAUUAUGACGGACUUUGAUAUUGCAGCAAAGCCAUUGCUGCCGGGCUCAGACAAACUAGCCGGCGAGGAGGGAUCUGAAGAAAAUCAAGAGAGUCGGACUCUGUUAAUGGUGGCAAUGAUUCUGCUGGACCUAAAUCAGUGUAUUCCGAGCGCGCUUGGCAGCGGCAUCAGCACCAAAUGUAUGGUGGACAGCGAUGCGGAGAAUCAAGUCGGUGUGAGGGACAACCGCGAGAAAUGUGGGUUUACAGAGCGCUGCAGAAAGGCCACGAGCAGGGUGAAAAGGACACGGAACAGACAGACCGACAGACUGCAUGUGGCAGUGGAGAAAAGACACUGUUGUCCGUAUGCUGGCUGUGGUAAAAUAUAUGGCAAAUCGUCCCAUCUUAAGGCGCACUUCAGAGUACACACCGGUGAGCGACCCUUUCAGUGCACCUGGCCUGGCUGUGCGAAGAAAUUCUCGCGCUCGGACGAACUGACGCGACACUUCCGCACGCACACUGGGGAGAAGCGUUUCAUGUGCCCACUCUGCGACAAAUGCUUCAUGCGAAGCGAUCAUCUCACCAAGCACGCCCGUAGACACGUCGGUUUCCACCCCAAUAUGCUCCAGGGUCCCACCGGACGAAGACGACGCUCUUCUGCGUCCAUAUCAUCCUCUGGAUCCGGUGAUCAUGUGUCUGCUGGUGUCUGA